AUGGGCGUGAACCUCAACCUCUCAGCCUCCUUGAACAUGUUCAAGCUCCUGUCAAACCCGUCUUUGUGUCUGCCUCAUGCUGCUAUAUCGACCUUCAGGGACCUGCCAAUCCCUCUGGACUCAGCCUUCAAGCGCAAGGGUGUCGAGGUUGAUAUCAAGGCAGUUGUGCUUGACAAGGACGACUGCUUUGCAGUUCCAGAGACAAAUGAGGUCCACAAGCCAUACCAGGAACGGUUCGAGGCGCUGAAGACUGCAUAUCCAGGGCGACGCAUCCUGAUAGUCUCCAACACAGCUGGUGCCCUCAGCUAUGAUCCCAAGGCCCAGCUGGCAUCAGAGCUCGAGAAGGCCACAGGAGUGAGGGUGCUUUCCCACCAGAGCAAGAAACCUGGCUGUGGUUCCGAGAUUAUGGAGUAUUUUCGCAGUCAUCCUGAGACUGGUGUCUCCAGCCCCAGCCAAGUCGCCAUUGUGGGUGACAGACUCUUCACCGACAUGAUGCUUGCCAACAGCAUGGGAAGCUACGGUCUCUGGAUCAAGGACGGCGUUGUUCCCCUUCAACAGAAAAGCAUCUUUUCGAGGACGGAGCAGAAGCUUGGUCCGUACCUGCUCGCUCGGGGUUACCAGCCUCAAGACCCUGGCAGUCCAUUCGAGUAG